CCAUCCAACAACCUGAGCCAGUCUCGCCUCUCUUAUACCCACGGUUAUGUGGCAGGCCCCAGCAUGAAAUCACUUGUCACAGUUUCUGGCCAUCUAGCAAGACCUGAACCAAGGUAUCAAGCUGUGGCAAUGAGGUCUCCCCAGCAGUCCUCCAGAUACAGUUCAGCUGCCAAUAUCAACCUGUUCCGGCCAGACAGUCCACACUGCAUCUCUAGCCCUCCUGGCCACACUACCAACCACUGGUCACCCCCUGGUAAUGUGACCAUACAGCACCAUCCCAGUGUUCCAGCCUUGACUGCAGGAAGCAUCUCUUCACCAGGCCGGACUGCUACGAACCAGACACUGUUUAUUGCAGAAACACCUGUGAAAAGAGGCCGGCCAAGAAGAAACCAACAGACAAGACAGAUUGGUGAGUUUUUUGUGUUUUUUCUGUAUGACCUGAAUGACAAUUUAUCCCCACCUGUGAAGCAGCCAGCAGAAAGAGAUCACAGCUCUGAUAGUGCCAAUGAGGCCAGCAGUGGCUCCCUUGAUGCCAGCAGACUGGGAGCCGACUUUAGCCAGCUGUCCAGUCACAUGGAAGAUCAUCAGAACCGACAGGGAGAGCUACAGCAUUAUGUCAGAAUGUUACUCCAGAAAGCUCCAGGAAGUGUGUGUAGUGAACCAGAAAGGGACAGACAGUAUUCGGACCCUGAGAUUCUGGAAUCUUCCCGGGAUCUCACAGUGGACUUGGAUCUGACUGAUACAGCCACAGCAGAGGAGUUGACCUCACAGCUGAACCGGCUUCAGCAACUGAGAAAGAGAGAACAACAGGCAACAAGGACAGUGGUUAGUAGAAAUCCCAGAAUGCAGCCUCCUCCUAGUACUAGCCAAUCAAAUGAGAGCCUUGUCAGUCAGUUAUCAGAGUUCUUUGAUGACACUGGUAUUAUUUCAUCCCAGCGCUUAUCAGAAAUAUCCAGAGUAAUCAACUUAUACAGAGAUCCAGAAAUAGCUGGCCAGGUCAGUGUGACAAGCCAGUUGCUGGAUACCCUCAAGGAGGCUACAGCAAGUGCCAGUGCUGAGAAUGUCUCAGGGAAAGAUGACAGGAAACAGCAGGGGGCCAAGAUGUCACCCCCCUCACAGCAGACUCGGAAAGUCAAAGAUCUGACAAAGGCUCGGAGGGUCAGGAGUGAAAGUCAGUCAGCCGACUCCAGCAUAGCUGUCAGUGGCUGCUCACUGGAUAACUCCACGAGCGGCAAAUCAGCAACCCACGGACCACCCAGGAAGAGUUCACAACCCACAGAGUCCAUCAAAGAUAAGAAGUCUGGGAGUGUCAAACACCCAGGUGGCAAGAGCAGUGGGGGCCCAGCAUGGAAGUAA